AGAGACGCGUGGCGGAGUAUCGCCGCCUGUCGAUAUCGUGAUAACAGCGCGCAGGAACGCAAUUGAACGGCGACUUCGUGUGUUUUUUUUAUCGGGCAUCUGAUUCUCGGAAUCGCGAUGGUCUCCUCUCGCGCGAUAUCGGCGCGUUCGUGAAUCGCCGCGACGCGCGCUUUCGAUUUAUGCGCGAUUUAUCGUCUCGCUCCACGCGAGUACGCGCGUUAACGACGAGCGUGUCCAAUCCGCCGAUAUUGUAUGAGAAAAUUAAAGUGUGAGUGCCCAGCGUCAUCGGCGCGUAAAAAUGGACUCGUUUAAUAGCUACGACAGAAACGACCUGUCGGAGAUGUAUCCGUCGUUUAUUAAUUUACACGAAGAUGGAAACGACCAUUUGCUCUUGGACAUGGACUCCUUGGUUCCCAGACGAAGCAGUUUCUUAGCAAGCCGCGGUUGCGAGCCCGCCAAGAAGAAAUGUUCGCUCGGUGAUGAAAGCGAGGCGAUCGACGGCACCGGAUGGUCCGACAAACCUAUCAGAAGCUGGUGUCAAGAGGAAACAAUAAAUUGGCUUAUGUCAGCGGCGUCGUAUAUAGGUCAACCUUACAGUUCUAUUCAGCACAGCCUCGCCGUGUCCGGGAAAGAGAUCGUUACUUUUACGCGGCAAGAUUUCAUCAACCACGAUCCUGUGUAUGGGAACCGAUUGUACGAUCUUCUUCACUCGCAACGUAUAUCAAACCUUUUGCCAUCGUUCGAUACCAUUCAACCGCAAUCGGAAGACGAGUACGCACGAGUCAAUUCUAGUAAUAUAUCCGAUGCGGAAUCGGAUAAUAGCAUCGAAAUUGCAACCAAACGGUUGCCUGGCAGACCCAGGGUAUUGAAGACGAAAAAAAAUCCCGCCAGUCAAGGAAAGUUGUGGGAAUUUAUUAGAGAUUUACUACGUAACAGAGAAACAUGUCCGAGUUUAAUUUGCUGGGAAGACUACUCGCAAGCUAAAUUUCGUUUCGUAAAGAGCGAUGAAGUAGCAAAACGAUGGGGUUCACGGAAAGGAAAUACAAAAAUGACUUACGAAAAGCUCAGUAGAGCUAUGAGGUACUAUUACAAAAGCAAAAUAUUUCUACCAGUACUUGGUCGAAGAUUGGUAUAUCAGUUUGGACCAAAUGCGAAAGGAUGGCAGACGGAUAAUCCAAAUUUCCGACACUGAAACAAUGUCCGAAAAAGAGUUUGCAAUAUGACCGAGCAGUCGAUAAAUUGUCAAAGCAAAAAGUCAAAUCGAUUUCACAUGACAUUUCUCGACGUUAGAAAAAUAAUCAUUGUUAAUAUUCAUUCUUUAUGUGUUUGUUAAAUAUGUUAAAUAUCGUUACCAUAUGUCAAUAAUCAUUUAAAUGUCGCCCCGUCGAAUGUAGUUAUGUUUUUUACACAGCCAAAGACAAUAAUAUAAUAAAACAGAUCUCUAAAGAAAAAGAAACGAUAUCUGAAGUGAAAAAGACAUGUAAAAUAUACAUAUGUUUUUUCUUUCUUACGUCUUUGGUCUAUGUAUCUUUGAUACCAUUUAUAUUCAUGUAUCUUCGCGUAUUUUUCUACCUUUACAAAACCUAAUAUAAUAAUCAUGUUUAUAUGAAUUUAAAAAUGUAAUUAAAAAUUGUAUUGUAUAAAGAAUAGAAAGAUAUGACUCUGAACA